UGACGUGGACCACCAGAUCAAUCUCGUCUCCUCGCUCUCUCCUGCGCUCGCUCGCUCUCGCCUCUCGUUUCUCGAUUCUCCGCAUGUUCCUCAACGCGAACUUACCUUUUUCGCUCGUUAGAUCGUUCUCGGUCGCUAGGUUGGGCAGAGUAGCGCGGAAGCAGAGAGAGAGAGGGAGAGAGAGUUGGGGAGAAAUCGUGUAGGGCAAAGGAAAGAUCGUAGAGUGUGAGUGUGCCGGAACCAGGGUAGACGCUAGAGGUGUGAUUGUGUUGUGUGUGUUUGAUAGCCGGGGAGAUUUUCUUGCAAGGAAUUGUGAUCCGACCAGGAGUGUAGUAGAGAGUGUGUGUGAGAGUGUGUUAGUGUGUUAGAGAGUGCUUGUGCGUGUGCGUGCGUGUGCGUGUGUUUUUGUUGGUGUGGGUGUGGAAGGGGAGACAGUGGGAGCUGGUGAUAGAUCAAGAGCUCGCGCAGGGUAGCCGAAUUAAAAAGCACAACUUUCUGUAAGUAUUCUGGAAACAGGACGAAUUGGGUCGGAGCCCUUUAGCAUGCGCCAGCGAUAUUUGUGUAGUUUGGGUGCUGUGUCGCUGAUGAUGUUUUCCGGCUCGAGUUGCAGUGGGUUUUAUGCUCGCGUGCCGAAAUCGGCCUAUUUCCGCUUUUGGUUGUGUAACGGUCGUCGGCGGCGGCCGUGUUUGGUGAUCAGGCAUGCUAGUUGAUGGGUUGUCUGAAAUUUUUGAGCCAGUGGUGGCGGUUUGUGUUGUGCCUUGGGGAGGGGUGGUCAGGGCAGUGCAAUACCGCUUUCUUUUUUGGAGUUACUUUAGCGCCAUUCGGAGACCGGGUGAUAUUGUUUUGGAGUCCUCCCUUGAUUUUGUUUGUUCAUGUUGUAUCCUUUAGGAUGUGAACAAUGGGUAGCUCAUCUCAUGAAAACGGCGGUGACGAGCCUAGGGUUUCGAAGCCUGCCACUGUUUUUUUGGGAGACUUGAGUUUAAGUGGUGAAGGGCCUGGAUUUUGUGGUUACUCUGGACCUACUCAUGCCAACACAGUCAACUAUGACUUGGGGUCCCAUAAGGAACAUUACUUGCAUCAACCUCAGCCGGAAGGGGAGAAGGGGGGACUCGCAGAUCGCAUGAAUAGGAACAAGGUGAUUCUGGGACAACAACCGAGUUUGAUUUCAAAAGAUGCCGAAGGGCAAACAACAGGGCUUGAGUUGAAUGCCUCAGAAGUGAAAACGCAUCUUUCUUGCGAAAAUCCCAUCACGAACGACGUGGAAGACGAUGAUGAUAUCCAAUGUCAAACAGGGAUUGAGCGGAGCGGCUGAUAAGCUGCAAGGCGAUGUAGCAGGUGUGCAUGAGAUUGUGGUCACACCUUUUCCUCUUUCUUCCGAAAAGCAAGAGUCAGAAACCGAACCGCUGGACUCUAUUCACUUGAAGAGCAAUAGUGGGGAUGUCGUGGCUGAUGGUUCGUCUCUGGAACUUGCGAACGAACUACAGAACGAAGUUCCAGGAGUGUCUGGCCUUGAUCAGUCUGCAGGAACAGAAGCGCUUGGGCCGCCGCAACAUCAAACAGCCAAGCUUGAGGAAGGUACCGUUGGUCGACGGCCACUUGCAGUUGCGGACAAUGAAGACACGGUUGGAUCUGUGCGACCUCCACCAGUUGAUGGAGACUUGGUUGGACCGUCACCUAAGCAAGCGAAGGUCCAACACCAGAAGCCUGCCUUGAAGAAGCCUGACAAACUGGCGCCAUGUCCGAGAUGUGACAGUUUAGAUACGAAGUUUUGUUACUACAACAAUUACAAUGCCAAUCAACCACGCCACUUCUGCAAGAAUUGCCAGAGAUAUUGGACAGCGGGAGGCACAUUACGGAAUGUUCCUGUGGGAGCAGGGAGAAGGAAAACCAAGCACGGGAACUCGCAUGUACGCCAUGGAGGGCUGCUUGAUAUUCCUGCGGCGAGGCAGGACUCGGACAUGGCGCUAUCGAGGCCUUGUCUUUCACGGGGAGCAUCUGUUCCUGACCAGGUUUCUCCUCUGCCUGCUUCAAGUUCCAGCAGCCCGAGUACUAUCACUAGCCUCCCCAGUAGUCAAGACAGGAGCUCCUCUGAUGCUGUCACUCAAACUUGCUCCAUGCGUCCUGCCGAAGCUGUGAGAAAGCAUCACAUUCCAGAACCUCAAGUGAACGUCUCUGGUGAUUCUGGCAACAGGCUGCUCAAAGCUGAGCACGGUGGUGGUUGCGAACCUGUCUUAGCUGGUGAAGCAGAGAAUUGUGCAGAGGCCUGUACAAGUUCGUUACCUGGGUCGCCCCAAGUGGAUGCAGCGCUAGCUUCUCAGGAAGUGCAAUCGAUGUUAAGGGGACCUCCUACGACACUUAUACCUGUCUGUGGGGGUAUUGUUAGACCAGUGGGAAUAUUGGACGGAUCAGUUUGGACUGCGGCUCCUACUCCUUUUGGGCUUUUCAACGGUUCGUGGCCAUAUGGCUACAAUGUUGGAUGGAGCGGUCCUGCUCCUGGUGCCCCUGGCGCUCCAACCUGUCCACCUGGAGGCACGUUGGUAUCCUGCCAGCCUGCGGUUGCAUGGUCGGCACCCCCGAAUGGGCUUUGGUCUAAUGUUUGCUGGGGAUCGACUCUCAUUCCAGGGAUGCCCGCUGGGUUACCUGGACCAUCAUGGAUGUCACCUGGAUGGGGUGCUGGUUGGCCCAUGCCUUGGGGACCGGACGCAGCCGCAGCCGCAGCCGCUGCCGCAUCAGCCUCCAUGCAGGUUCCUGCAGUUCCUAUGUCUGGAAACGUCUCCCCAGUUCAGAGUAGGUUGCCUAUUCGUCCGGUGUUGAACAAGCACCCACGAGAUCGGCCAGAGCUGGAGAGGGUGGAGAGUUCUCUUUGGGUGCCAAAGAUGGUCAAAAUAGACGAUGCAGUAAACACUCCAAGAAGCUCUGUGUGGACUGCUGUGGGAGCUGAGAAUCGGGUGGAGACUGUCGCAUCUGGUAGUAAUUUUAAGGCGUUUCUCCCAGUGGGAGACAACAAAGUGUCUAUCACAUCAGGUGAUAGGAAGCAAGUGAAAUCAUGACAAUCUAAUCAUUCUUGUUUCCUCUAUAAAUAAAGUAGGUAUACAAAGUGCCAGUGCUGCUCCCUGCCUUUAUAUAGUUUCUUAUCUUUUUAGCAUAUAACCGUGAAUUUUUUCAUGGAGUUUCACAUGAUCCUCGAGGCCUCGUCUGGUCAUUUACAUGUUUUGUGUGUAGCUGCCGGUAUUUUACACUGUUAUCGUUUUUUUUGGUU